AUGUGGACAGACAGCACAACAGCGCUUCAAUGGAUACAGGGAUCUGCUAAACGACAACAAAUUUUUGUGGCUCACAGAGUUGCAGAAAUUUUGGAAAGCACCCAAGCGAGUCAAUGGAAUCAUUGCCCAGGACCCCUAAACCCAGCAGACGACGGAACCCGUGCAAUAUCCCUAUCAGAAUUCAGUAACAAGUCAAGAUCGUUCACCGGACCGAAAUUCAUAUGUGAACCAGAAUGCAACUGGCCAAGGCUACAGUUAAGCGACGCCAAUACGGAUACAUUGCAACUCAACGAUCAAACUGGACACAUGGAUGAAAUUGCAACAACCCCAGUGCUAGCUUUUCAAGCUUCCACCAAAAAGACAGGACUAAGUUUCAUCGAUUACAGCAGAUUCUCCAAAUGGACAAGAAUUCUCAGAACAACUGCAUACGUGAUGCGUGCCGCCAGGAUUUUCAAAGAUAAGAGACUACACUCAUGCAACGAAAGCCCGACCACCGAAUUGACAAGCAACAACAUGAUUGCCGCAAAGAAUUUUAUCUUCAAGCAGACGCAACGAGACAGCUUCAAACCAAAGGUCAACGCAUUGACACAAAAUAAACGAAUCAACACAACUAGCAGACUUCGAUAUCUAUCACCAUUUCUAGACAAAGACGGACUCUUGCGAGCACGUGGACGCCUCGAGAAAUCUCAGUUGGACUAUUGCAUAAUACACUUGAUGGAUUAUCCUUGGUGGAAACCACCCAGCAGUUCACCUCUUUAUAGGACAAACACACAAAACAACCAGCAUUCGCCACGCCAGCACUUGAAAAAUAUUCUUCAAAACGAGAAUUGGAUUCUCUGUGUUCGCGCACACAUUGACAAGAUCAUAAAAAACUGUUAG